CAACUGGUGCACAUCCAGUGUGGAUGUGGUUCCAGUAACGGCCUGUAUGCUGCAUCCUGUGGCCGCUGUAACUUGUAUGAGUCCGUCCCCAGACUCAGUGAGAAUAAUUGACAGCAGUGGAUUGACUGCUGCUGUCAGCGCGCGUCCCCUCGGAUCCGCCGUGAAUCUGCAGGCGGGCACCCGGAUGUGGCGAAAAUGUUUGGCGCUCCUGUCAGGGUUUGCGCUCGGAAAACAUUUUAUAUUUCAGGUUAACGGCUCGGCUCCGGCUCGCGCGUUGCGACACCUUUGGAUGUUUUUCUUCCAACGAUGAGUUGGAUUUAAAACGGAUCUUUUCAAUGUGGAUUCGAGGAUGCAAGAAGCAGAUGAACAGUCUGAAGGGGCACAGUAUGCCAGCAACAAAAGGACCACUUCCUCCGCUGACUCGGCUCUCUGGUCAGGAAGCCACACCCGUCUGCACCACCUCCACCACCUCCACCCCCCCGACCCCCUGCAGGCCCCGUCCAGCACCGGCAAGCCCGUUGGCUGCUCUUCUGGCCUCCUCGGGGCCAGCAGUGGCGCUCAGGACCCCGGUGGCACUCAGGACCCCGGUGGCACUAGUUCCGGUGUCAGCCCGGUCCUCGCCUGGCAUGCCGCUAUUAGUGCUGCUCGCCAAGCGCAGGGUGAUGCUGAAAAGCCAGAGGUAACUUCACGGCCCUCAGUUUGCACCACCGGAGCAGCUCCUGUGGGCUCGCUGGCACAGAGGAAGAGGCAACAGUACGCCAAAAGCAAAAAGCAAGGAGGAUCUACCAACAGCAGGCCACCCAGAGCUCUGUUCUGCCUCACCCUCAACAACCCCAUCCGCAGGGCCUGCAUCAGCCUGGUGGAGUGGAAACCAUUUGAUAUCUUUAUACUGCUGUCUAUUUUUGCCAACUGUGUGGCCUUAGCCAUCUACAUCCCAUUCCCAGGAGACGACUCCAACUCUACCAACCAAGAACUGGAAACAGUAGAAUAUGCCUUCCUGAUCAUUUUCACUAUAGAGACAUUUCUGAAGAUUAUUGCCUACGGCCUGGUCAUGCACCAAAACUCCUACGUCAGAAACGGUUGGAACAUGCUGGACUUUGUCAUCGUCAUAGUGGGGUUGUUCAGCGUGGUUCUAGAGAUGAUAACCAAAGACGCUGACUCUGGCGGCCAGUCUGGGGGCAAACCUGGGGGGUUUGAUGUCAAGGCCCUCCGAGCCUUUCGCGUGCUACGACCCCUUCGCCUUGUCUCGGGAGUUCCUAGUUUACAGGUGGUUUUAAAUUCCAUUAUUAAAGCCAUGGUUCCCCUGCUUCACAUCGCUCUGCUGGUCCUCUUCGUCAUUAUCAUCUACGCCAUCAUUGGCCUGGAACUCUUCAUUGGCAAAAUGCACGCCACAUGCUACGUGAGUCAAACAGGUGCCCUCGCAGAAGAAGAGCCCACGCCGUGCGCGGUGUCAGGGCACGGCCGUCACUGCCUGUCCAACGGUACAUAUUGCAGAGAGGGCUGGCAAGGCCCCAACAACGGCAUCACCAACUUUGACAAUUUUUUGUUUGCCAUGCUCACUGUGUUCCAGUGCAUCACCAUGGAGGGCUGGACCGACGUUCUCUACUGGAUGAAUGAUGCAAUGGGCUUUGAGCUGCCGUGGGUCUACUUUGUCAGUCUUGUCAUCUUUGGAUCCUUCUUUGUUCUCAACCUGGUUUUGGGAGUGUUAAGCGGAGAGUUCUCCAAAGAGCGAGAGAAGGCCAAGGCUCGGGGAGAUUUCCAGAAGCUUCGUGAGAAGCAGCAGUUAGAGGAAGACCUGAAAGGCUACCUGGACUGGAUCACCCAGGCCGAGGAUAUCGACCCCGAGAACGAGGAGGAGGGAGACGAGGAGGGCAAGCGUAACCGGGUCACGCUGGCUGACCUCACUGAGAAGAAGAAAGGGAAGUUUGGCUGGUUCACCCAGUCCACAGAGACCCAGGCGAGCAUGCCCAGUGAGACCGAGUCGGCGAACACAGAGAAUCACGAUGGCGAGGAAAAUAAAUCACGAUGCUGCGGGCCGCUAUGUCAAAAAAUUACUAAGUCAAAGUGCAGUCGUCAGUGGCGACGGUGGAACCGUUUCUGCCGCAGAAAGUGUCGCGCAGCUGUGAAAUCGGUGACGUUUUAUUGGCUGGUCAUCAUCUUGGUGUUCCUCAACACCCUCACCAUCGCCUCGGAGCACUACAACCAGCCCAACUGGCUGACAGAAGUUCAGGACGCAGCCAAUAAAGUUCUCCUGGCGAUGUUCACCUUGGAGAUGCUAGUGAAGAUGUACAGUUUGGGGCUGCAAGCGUACUUUGUGUCUCUGUUUAACCGCUUCGACUGUUUCGUGGUGUGUGGAGGCAUCGUGGAGACCAUCCUGGUGGAGCUGGCCAUCAUGUCCCCGCUGGGCAUCUCUGUGUUCCGUUGCGUACGACUCCUUAGGAUCUUCAAAGUUACACGUCAUUGGGCAUCUCUUAGUAACCUGGUGGCAUCUCUGCUCAACUCCAUGAAGUCCAUCGCCUCCCUGUUGCUGCUGCUCUUCCUCUUCAUCAUUAUUUUCUCCCUGCUCGGCAUGCAGCUUUUCGGGGGCAAGUUCAACUUUGAUGAGACUGUGACCAAAAGGAGCACGUUUGAUAACUUUCCACAGGCGCUGCUCACUGUGUUUCAGAUCUUGACAGGAGAAGACUGGAACACGGUGAUGUACGACGGCAUCAUGGCGUACGGCGGUCCGGCCUCCUCUGGAAUGGUGGUCUGCAUUUACUUCAUCAUCCUCUUCAUCUGUGGAAACUACAUCCUGCUGAACGUCUUCUUGGCCAUCGCUGUCGACAACCUGGCCGACGCAGAGAGCCUCAACACGGCGCAGAAGGAGGAAGAGGAGGCCAAGAAGAGGAAGAACAGUGCCAAGGAUCUGUGCACAGAUAAAAAGAGAGUUGAAAUAAUAGACAUCCGUGAUGGAGAAACCAAGGUGCCAGCAGAGGUCCUGCUGGAGGAUGACAAGGAGUCGUAUCCAAACAUCGACCCUCCAGCAUGUGAUGAAGAAGAAGAGAACGACCACCUGCCAGAAGUCCCGUUGGGGCCCCGCCCCCAGAGGCUGUCUGAACUCACCAUCAAAGAGAAGACCCCGCCCAUCCCAGCGGGCAGCGCCUUCUUCAUCUUCAGCAGCACCAACCCGUUUCGUGUAUUCUGCCACAAGCUGAUCAACCAUCAGAUCUUCACCAACCUCAUCCUGGUCUUCAUCAUGCUCAGCUCCGUCUCUCUGGCUGCUGAAGACCCGAUACGCAACUUCUCUGCUCGCAAUAUCAUCCUAGGCUAUGCAGACUAUGUCUUCACUAGUAUGUUUACAUUUGAGAUCCUAAUUAAGAUGACAGCGUUUGGAGCGUUCCUUCAUAAAGGCGCGUUCUGUAGAAACUACUUCAACCUUUUAGACCUGCUAGUCGUCGGUGUGUCUCUGGUCUCCUUCGGCAUUCAAUCCUCUGCUAUCUCUGUGGUGAAGAUUCUCCGUGUUUUGAGAGUCCUCCGUCCGCUCAGAGCCAUCAACAGAGCCAAGGGACUAAAGCAUGUAGUCCAGUGUGUGUUUGUGGCCAUCAGGACCAUCGGCAACAUCAUGAUCGUCACCACGCUGCUGCAGUUCAUGUUCGCAUGUAUCGGAGUGCAGCUCUUCAAGGGGAAAUUUUAUCGCUGCACAGAUGAUGCGAAGUCCAGCCCAGAGGACUGCAAAGGUACCUACAUUCUCUACAACAAUGGGGACACGGCGAUGCCCAUGGUGAAGGAGAGGAUCUGGUACAACAGUGACUUCAACUUUGAUAACGUCCUCAUGGCCAUGAUGGCUCUCUUUACUGUCUCCACAUUCGAGGGAUGGCCCACGCUACUCUACAAGGCCAUCGACUCCAACAGAGAGAACAUGGGUCCCAUCUACAACUACCGCAUCGAGAUCUCCAUCUUCUUCAUUAUCUACAUCAUCAUCAUCGCCUUUUUCAUGAUGAACAUCUUUGUCGGUUUCGUGAUCGUUACCUUUCAGGAGCAGGGGGAGAAGGAGUACAAGAACUGUGAGCUGGACAAGAACCAGCGUCAGUGUGUGGAAUAUGCCCUCAAAGCUCGUCCUCUGCGCCGAUACAUCCCCAAAAACCCCUACCAGUACAAGUUCUGGUAUGUGGUCAACUCUACUGGCUUUGAAUACGUCAUGUUCGUCCUGAUCAUCCUCAACACUCUGUGUCUGGCCAUCCAGCACCAUGGCCAGUCUCAUCUGUUUAACUACGCCAUGGACAUCCUCAACAUGGUUUUCACCGGAGUUUUCACUGUGGAGAUGAUCCUCAAGCUCAUCGCCUUCAAACCCAGAAACUAUUUUGCUGAUGCAUGGAACACGUUUGAUGCCUUAAUUGUUGUGGGUAGCGUGGUUGACAUUGCCAUCACUGAGAUCAAUUCGACAGCCAUUCCUGUCGUCAAGGUGAUAGUGGAGCCAGGGAACACGGAGGACAGCGCUCGCAUCUCCAUCACCUUCUUCCGCCUGUUCAGAGUGAUGCGAUUGGUCAAACUUCUGAGCAGGGGGGAGGGCAUCAGGACUCUGCUGUGGACCUUCAUCAAGUCAUUUCAGGCUCUUCCCUAUGUCGCACUCCUGAUAGCCAUGCUGUUCUUCAUCUAUGCUGUAAUUGGAAUGCAGGUGUUUGGGAAAAUAGCCAUGGUGGAUGGAACACAAAUUAACCGCAACAACAACUUUCAGACUUUUCCUCAAGCUGUCCUGAUGCUCUUUAGGUGUGCCACAGGUGAGGCUUGGCAGGAGAUCAUGCUGGCCUGUCUGCCAGGGAAGCUGUGUGAUUCAGAGUCGGACUACAACCCCGGAGAGGAGAGAACCUGUGGCAGCGGCUUCGCCAUCAUCUACUUCAUCAGCUUCUACAUGCUCUGUGCUUUCCUGAUCAUCAACCUGUUUGUUGCUGUCAUCAUGGACAACUUUGACUAUCUGACCCGUGAUUGGUCCAUUCUUGGACCGCAUCACCUGGAUGAGUUUAAAAGAAUCUGGUCUGAAUAUGACCCUGAAGCCAAGGGCAGGAUAAAGCACCUUGAUGUGGUGACCCUGCUGAGGAGGAUCCAGCCUCCGCUGGGCUUCGGCAAGCUCUGUCCUCACAGAGUGGCCUGUAAGCGUCUGGUAGCGAUGAACAUGCCCCUGAACAGUGAUGGGACAGUCAUGUUCAAUGCCACCUUGUUUGCUCUGGUCCGCACUGCUCUCAAGAUUAAGACUGAGGGUAACCUGGAGCAAGCCAAUGAGGAGCUCAGAGCUGUAAUUAAAAAGAUCUGGAAGAGGACCAGCAUGAAGCUGCUGGACCAAGUGGUGCCCCCUGCAGGCGAUGACGAGGUAACAGUGGGGAAGUUCUAUGCCACAUUCCUGAUACAGGACUACUUCAGGAAGUUCAAGAGGCGCAAAGAGCAAGGUCUUGUAGGAAAGCGCUCAUGGGAGAAGCUGAACACAACCAUGGCUCUACAGGCCGGCCUGCGCACGCUGCAUGACAUUGGACCGGAGAUCCGUCGAGCUAUAUCAUGUGACCUGCAAGAGGCAGAGCUAGUAGAUGCUAAUGGAGAGGAGGAAGAGGAAAUCUACAGGCGAAACGGCGGUCUUUUUGGAAACCAUGUGAACCAUGUCAGUGCUGAUCAGCAAGGCUACUCUCACCCGACCACUGUCACCCAGCGGCCCCUACAGAUCCUGCCCUUUUCCUGUAGUGCCUCAACCGAACCCACCCAAACAGGCAGGAGAGCCAGCGACAUGGACAGAAGAGGGGAGACAGAGAUUAACUCUUCACCCAUCCAGUAUAACCAUCAUUAUCACACCCCUCAUUCAUAUAAUCAUGCUCACUGUAUUUCCACUUGCCAUCAAUCGCCAAUACCCUCCAAUGCCAACCUCAACAAUGCCAACGUGCCCUCACUUCUCUCCAUGGCCAAUGGGAGGCAGCAGAAGUGUUUGUUAAGGCGAGAUCGUCCGUCCUCCACCAAAAAUGGAUCAUCAGUGUCCACAUACAGCAAAGAAGUACAGGACAAGCUUUGGAAGUCGCACUCCGCAAGGACACGCUACUAUGAGACCUACAUUAGGUCAGAGAGUGGUGGUGGGCUGUACCCCACCAUUCGCCGAGAGGAUCCAGGGGGCGGGGACAGCGAUGACGAGCGAGGCUCGGGAGAGUACUUCAGCGGGGAGGAGUUUCAUGAAGACGACAUCAUGCUCACAAAGGACAGGUUGUGCAACAAGGAGCAGGUUGAUGCUGAGGGGGACUUUGACCUCCAAGUUUCCAGGGGCGACCAGCAGCAGGAUGGUUGCUAUGACGAUGACCAACAGCCGAUCUACCAAGAUGGCAGGCGGUCACCGCGGAGAUGGCUUUUACCCUCACCUCAAGCCUCCAACAGACCAACAUUUAGUUUUGAGUGUCUUCGCAGAAGAAGUAGUCAGGAUGAUGCUCCUCCCUCUCCAUCCUGCACAGCUCUUCCACUGCACCUGGUGCAGCAACAGGUAAUGGCGGUGGCCGGUCUCGAUGCCAGCCGAAUUCCUCGCCUGUCUCCUACACGGUCACUGCGCUCCUGGGUUACGCCUCCCGCCUCACCCAUCAGCCGUGACUGCUCGCCCUGCUACACACCACUCAUACAGGUGGACUGGCGCAGUCCCGGCAGCGUCAGCAGCAUCCCUGGAGCGGUGAAGAGGAGUUUGUGGUACACAGAUAGCCAGGACGGUCCUCCCAGCCGCAGCCACUCUCCGUCACGUCUGCAGUUACCUGCAGAGAGCUGCUCACACUGCCUGCAGAAGAGAGGCAGCGCCAACAGUGUGGUAGAGGCUGUGUUGAUCUCUGAGGGUCUGGGCAAAUACGCCAGGGACCCCAAGUUUGUUACAGCAACCAAAAACGAGAUUGCAGACGCCUGCGAGAUGACCAUCGAUGAGAUGGAGAGCGCCGCCAGUAACCUGCUGAACGGCAGUAUGGGUAACGGCAACAAUGAGGGAACGGAAAGCGCUGGCUCGGACACACACGCCACCGCGCAUCUAAGAGACUGCAGUAUCCGUGAUUACAGUGACGAGGAGCCGUACGUGGUUCUGAAAUGCGAGGAGGACCUAACGGACGAGAUGAUAUGCAUCACGUCGCUAUAGCAGCGGCUCACACAGGAUUAUUUAGGUUUUUUCAAUUGAAUUUCUACAACUAUUCCACAGUGGGGGGACGUCUCAGUUCAGAAGCGUCCUGUAGUAGACAGAAAUAUAAAAAUGGAUGGAUAAGAGAACAAAGUGCCUUGUUUUCUCUUUCUGUGAAGUGGAGAAUGGAAAUGGAAACAGAUGGCUAUACGGAAAAGCUGAGAAAAAGAUAUUGAAAUCAGAUGGAAUCAUCUACUUGCCAGCCUGCCUGCCUCUAAGCAGGAAUUCAGGAUACUCUUUAGGGUGUGUUUUUGAUUUGUUUAAUUCAUACAACAGGUUAACCUGCCAGCCUCACAAAGCCAGCCUAGAGCUUGCCAAGUUAGUUUCACAACAACACCCACUGAGGGUCGAGUUUGUUAAAAUACUGGCUGUUGCAUCACAGUAUGGAUGAUGUGCAAUCUGUACUUUUCCAUUUAUUUUUUAUUUAUUUGUACGGCAGCACAUGGAUUUUAAAUGAAACAGCAUCUCGUAAGGCUUUAAUUUGCAUCCACAUUGAGUGAACAAUAUCAGCACUGUGGGCCUUGUCAUUGUUGUGCUACACUGUCCCAGAUUUGUGUAACUUUGUAUAAACAAGGGCAUAAAUUGUACACUGUUCACUCAAUAAGAAGAGCCAAUAGAACAGAAAAUAUACUCCCAAUUUAAGCACACUCAGAAAGUGAAGCUGGCUUUGCAAAGCUCCAUUUGUCCCGCUGCAACAUGUCUUUGGCUCUCCAAUGACUCCCCUGUAUUCAGAGUUUCAUGUCAUGUAUAUAUAAUGUGUGAUUUUCACCUUUAAAUGGUCAUGGUAACAGACACUGGUUAUUUACAUUACAUUUUGGCCUCCAUGACUUCAAUAUUACAAAAACAUAUAAAUUAUUUUUUCUUUUGUUGAUUUAUUUCAGCUAAUCUCAGCACAGAGUGACGAUCAGGCUGAUCUGGGUUCAGGGUGUUCGGGUUAAACGUUGCUCGUCUCCAUACUUGACUUGAAAAGGAAAUCACAUAUCACUAAAAAAAAAAAAGACUUUGUCCUCAGGCAUAUCCUUCUGUUCCAUGUGCACGCAGAUUUGACACACACAAGCAAACCUUGGAAUGUGUUUCCUCUGUCUCAUCAUCCUUCCCUUUUUUGCAACAACAGACAAUAAAUUACACUUAUUUUACUCAACUCCAUUACUUUAACCAGAGUGAAAACAAAGAAAGAUUUCGGGGUGAUAGUACAAUAUCACACUUUGUUUUCAAAGCCCCUUUAAAACUGUGAGGAGAGACCAUUUCAUUGUUACAAGCUUGGAAGAAUAUGCAAGAACAAAAAGUCAUGAACAUACAACAAACCGCUUGUUUACCGUGAGAAAAAGAUUACAAAACAUCUGUAGACACAUGUAGGGUAAUUGGUAUGUUAAACCGCUGCAGGCGACUUUAAUUAGGAAUUUCCAUGUACGUAAUUCAAUAUCACCAACUACGAUUAUUGGUUUUGGUUUCACCAGUUGAGCAGCCAUUAAAGCUGAAUCAUUCUUCCUGCAGCUGUGUGCUCAUUUUCAUGAUGAGUCAAAUUAAGGUGAAAGAUCUACUACAAAAUAAUGUGAACGUACUACUCCCUGUGAAACUUCACCUGCAUGUAAACAUACAGUCAUGGAAAAAAUUAUUAGACCACCCUUUUGCUUCAAUUUCUUGUUCAUUUUAAUGCCUUGUACAACUAAAGGUACAUUUGUUUGGACAAAUAUAACAAUAACAACAAAAUUAGCUCAUAAGAGUUUAAUUUAAGAUCUGACAUCUAGCCAUUUUCCAAGGUUUUCAUAAUAACCAAAAUCAUUAUCCGACUGUAGGUUUUUAUGAUCUGCAUGUCAGAAAUACUAACUAAAUUGUAUUUUAAAACUGAAUAGAAACAGACAAUCUUCACGCUGAUUUGCUUAUGUAGGAGGCAUCAGUAUUACGUUGAGGCCAUUUCAUGAUCAGUUAAAAACUCAUGAUCAGCAUUUUAGCGCCCUGUGGUAUCUCCUCUCAAACUCACUGAGGAUUUUGAAUGGGUUUGUGGUUAAAUGUCUGAAAUAAGGUCUGUGG